AUAAGAUGUAGACUUGCCUCUUUUAUAGACUUUGAAUUUCCAUCCUCAGUUUUGGUGUCAGCAGUUAUUGGGGCUUCAGACUCUGUUCUUACAGGUUGCAACUGACUUUUGACUUAUGUCAUAUCAGUAUUUUGGAUCCCAACUUUUAGAUAUAUAUCCUCAUCCUUGAGUCUCUGAGCCUUGUUGAUACUGAGUUUCAAGAAUCGAUCCUGAUGUGGUGGAGCAUGGUGGUUGUAGGCCAGUGUGCUUGUUUCUGGUACCAUUAUAUUGCUGGUGCCUGGGAUUGAGAGGGCACAUAAGUCAUCAACUGUUGGUCCAAAAGAACCUGGGCAUCAGUAAAACCUUUUUAUUUUUUUGAUAGAUUAAAACCUUGUUGUUGGACUUGAGGAGUUUUGGAAGUUGAUUAAGCACUUAUGUCCGUUAGGUUAGCUGCUUGAAGCCCCAUUUGUCCCUGCUCUGAUGGAGCGUUAAAGUUGGUUGGGUAAACUGCUUGAAGUCCUGCUUCUCCAUACAAGACAAGGUGGAAAUGAAGUUGCUUUAGAGGAACCACCUAAUUUGGUUUGGAGGGCUCAAUAGGCUGUCUUGGAAUUAAAACUUCAGAAGUUCUCAUAUAGCCCCCUCCCAUCUUUCGCUUGAAACAUCGCCCCUGCGCUGCAAAUUGAUCCUGGGACUUCCUCUCAUGUUCAACCGCUAAAACUUCAGCAGUCCCUGCCACCACUUUCUGAUGCUAUGUUUCCUUUCUAUUGUCAUCAGCAACAGUUUCAGAGGUUUCCAGAGCAUUGCAGUCAAGCCUACAAAGUUCACAUUAUGCCAUAUGGCGGCAAGUAACCAGAAUGGAGCAGGAGGCACUUGUGCUGGUAUGGGUAAUGGUGCCUGGCCAGAAAUUGAUGUAGUAGGGAGCGGCAUUAUGGUAGAUCCACCUUCAACUGGUGCAGAUACUGUAGUUGUAGGUGUUGCAGCACCAUGUGGUGGGAAGUGCCUGCCACCACCCUGGCCACAUCCCCAACCACAAAAAGGGGGUUAUGAGCCAUCGAGUCUUGGGUCAAAAUGUCCCUUACCACCCCCUCCAAAGGGCAUACCACGCCUUCUACCUCUAGCUCUAUAAGGAGAUUGCCCAAUCUGCAGAAUACCAACUGGAACAAGAAGCUUAUU